GGAAGGCGCCCUGUCACUCGUCGCAGGGGCCUGCCUUUCUGCAUUCACUACACGUCGACAUGGACGACGACCUCGAUCUCGGUGCCUCAGUAUGGAGCACAACUGGACGACUCUCCGUGUCUCUUCCUCCUCCAACUUUCUCAGAACCAUCCCCCGCGCUGUCAUCCUCGCAAGACGGCUUCGAUGACUUCGACGAGUUUGGCACCCCAGCAGAAACCAUUGCCGCGUCCUCAGAGGGAGCUGAUGAUGAUUUUGGAGAUUUCGGAGACUUUGGCGAGGUUGCUCAUGCGGCAGACGUCCCGGCGUUCGAUGAUUCAGCCUUCCAAGAAAGCAUAUCGACACCGCGCCCGUCGAACGGCUGGCGGCCCUUGCGAGUUGACCCCACAUCCACCAGAGAUGAUCUGCAACAGCAGAUUGACAGUAUUCUGAGGCCUCUUUGGUCUGGAGACAAUCCAUCCUUCUUCACUGAUGAUCCAAUACGCCAAUCCGAAGGCCUUAGCCAAGUUUUGGUGACGAGAGAAAGUCGUCAAUUAUAUGAUUUGCUUCUACCAGCAACUCAGCCGAGCUUCAAGCCUGUGAAUUGGACGCGUUCACGUAUCCGGCGACAGCAUCUCAUCACCCUUGGUAUCCCCGUGAACCUCGACGAAGUCUUACCAAGGGCAGGCCCGAAGCUACCAACACUCGAGAUUCAUACGAGGCCGACAUCUGCUCCUCCCGCGCCAUAUACUGCACCAGUGCCGAGACCCUCGGCUCCCGUUUCACGAGUUGGCACGCCGCGCUCAGGGACGCCUCAGCCAGGGGUGCGGAGCACCGCUCUGGCGGCUGCUCAAACGAAGCUCGGCCCUCAGCCAGAGCUAGACGAGGCAAAGAUAAACGAACUACUCUCCAUCGACACCGGUGCGACUUUCUGCCAUACAAAUCUCCCUGUCAGACUGACUCGAGAGACAGACAGCCUUCUGCUGGCUCCAGUGGACAGGCUCAACAAGCACAUUGCGGAUCUCAAGGAGCACACUGCGAGUACUUCAACCCUGUUGACGUAUCUAUUGCAGAUGCGGGAUGCGCUCCAGCAAGAUUCGGAGACGUAUAAUAAGGUCAUUGGUGAGCUUGUAGGGGAGGCACAGAAAAUCAAAACGGGGAAGCGGACAGGAUCACUUCGCCGUGGAAGCGGUAUGGCGUAGCACCCUGCUUUGUUGUAUAACAUUGGCUCUGAAGCUUGUAUACUAUGUAAACCAUAACCAUGAACAUAUUGGACAACAAGC